AUUUGAUGAUAAUAGUCCCCCGAAUAUUUUAAUCCCCAACCUUCAUUGACUUGCUCACUUUAAAUAUUUCACGUAAAACCCUCAUAUUCGCUGGUCUCCAGUAGAAUAAUAAUGCGCUCGACAUCAACAUUAGCAUUUCCUCCUCCGCCAUCAUAUCUUUCCCAUCUCUCCUUUCAUCGGCUCACCUUCCAGACUGCGAAUCCGAUCGUUCCCGGCAUGGACUCCGAUUUCCCGGCCGGUAAAUCGCCGAGGCGAGAGCUCCAAGGCCCCCGCCCGCCAGCGCUCAAGGUCCGCAAAGACUCCCACAAGAUCCGGAAGCCCCCCAUGGCUCCGCCGCAGCAGCAGCAGUAUCAACAGCCGUCGCAGCAUCUGCCGGCCCCGCCCCGCCCGCCGGUCAUCAUCUACGCCGUGUCCCCGAAGGUCAUCCACACGAACCCUAGCGAGUUCAUGUCGCUGGUCCAGCGCCUCACCGGGGCAUCGUCCACCUACUUGCCGUCCCCCGUGGCCUCUGGCGGGGUGUCGCCCGCGGCACGGUUCGCGACGGUCGAGAGAGCGAAGCCGCCGGAAGGGAAGCAGAUCAUGGGCGGUGGGGACAUAUUGGGGGAAAUAGAAUCGAUGGGGCAAAUUGGUCACGGUGGAGUGGUGGAGAGGACUGGGUCAAUACCGGGGAUUUUGUCGCCAGGGCCGGCCUCGCUGCAGCCAAUCCCUUCGAGCUUCUUCUCGCCGCUGUCGGACCCGAACCCGCUGAGCUUCUUCCAUGACUUGAGCCCGGCUCUCUACAGCACCAAGAACCACUUCACGGACGGCAGUUUUUUGCUUCAGAGUCCAUCCCCAUUUAUCUCGCCUCGGAUAACUUCGCCUGCCCCAUCUUUAGAUUUCUUCAGUAAUUUCUUUGACUUGUAAACACAACAUACUAGAAUUAGGAAAAACAUUUUAGAAACAUGGGUGGUUUUAAUUAUGGAAAUUUCUGUAAUUUCUCAGCGUCUGUUGAGAUUAUAGAGAGAGUUUGAAUCGGAAUGGCAUUUGAUUCUUUUUGUGGCCAGCAAGUUGGAAGCUUAUGGCUUGGAUUUUGUUGUCGCUUUCUUUCGAUUUAGUUUGGUAGGUCAAUUGAUGAUACAUAACGCUGCAGUUAAGGCUGAAUAAAUUCAUUGUAAUAGUCACCGGUCC